UUGCCGUUUUUUUUUAAUUCACCCAAUGGAAGGCGAGGGGGGCGUGGCCCAGGAGAAAAAAUCAGAUGGAGACAGGCGCUGAUUGGGCGCCAUGGCUCGCCAUGAGGGUAUAAAAGGGCCAGGCUCGGGUUGUUGUGUUUACAGUAAUAUCACAGAGCAGCACAGGAAACAGGGAGACUAUGAGAAAGCGCAGCCGCUCCAUUCAACCACAUGGUUCCUGCACCGCACAGACCAGCUGCGCUGAACACAUCCAGGUUCACUUGAGAGACUGUUGCUGCUGCCCACAACGGCAAGUUUCAAGCUUCCCAGGGAGAGUUUUCAGCCGCACAGGCAGCUGAGAGUUCACUAGUUGCUGAUUCUGAGGGGGGAAAAGUCUCUGAAAAGAGGCAGAGAAGAAACUUGGAUGAACUUUUUUAUGUGUCUCCAACAUCUUCCAAGUCAGUGAGGAUUUUUAUUUUUUAGUUUGUUUGUUUCUGCCAAAAGAUCUGGUUUUGAAGUGAAGAGUUUCCAGACUUCAGGAGGGAGAGAUGGUGCAGCACAUGAGCCAGACGGAGAGCGCCCACGCGCACUCUCCCGGCGGGGACUCCACGGACACUGGAGAUAUCAUGGACUUGGAGAUGGACGCGUCUCCGAUCUCGGAGUCCCCCACGUCCCGGGAGCGGAGCGACUUGGCGUGGUGCAAAACCCCGACGGGCCACAUCAAAAGACCCAUGAACGCCUUCAUGGUGUGGUCCCAGAUCGAGAGGAGGAAGAUCAUGGAGCAGUCACCGGACAUGCACAAUGCGGAGAUCUCCAAGCGGCUCGGGAAGCGCUGGAAGCUGCUGAAGGACACGGAUAAGAUCCCGUUCAUCCGCGAGGCGGAGCGGCUCCGGCUCAAACACAUGGCCGACUACCCGGACUACAAGUACCGUCCCAGGAAGAAAGUCAAGUCCGGGAGCGGAGCGAGCGGCAAGCAGGCGGAGAAGAGCGCGGAGCGCGGCGCCAAGAGCGGCGUGAAAAGGAGCCCAGCGUCCAAAGGAGGCAGCAGGACGCACAGGCAGGGGGGCAGCAGCAAGAGCGCUCCGGGGCAGGACUCUCCCGCUGACCACCAGUCCCUCUUCAAAUCCAGGUCCGGGGCCAGGCAGAUCCCGGACAGGCGCGCGGGAGGAGAGCCGAGGCGCGCGAGUCUCUUCAGCCUGGAGAGCGGACCCCCCUCCGUGGGGGUCCCGGCCAGUCCCACCCUGAGCAGCUCCGCGGAGUCCAGCGACCCGCUCAGCCUGUACGAGGAGCAGAGCCCGGGUUCCACCGCGCGCCUCAGGUACGCUCGCGCGUCCUCGCCGACUCCCUCAGCCUCCCACUCUUCCUCAUCCGUGUCCUCCUCUUCCUCCUCCUCGGAUGAGGAGUUCGAGGACGAGCGGCUUGAUUUGAACCCGAGUCCUGGCUUUGAGGGCAUGUCUCUGGGCGGCAUGGGCUUCUCCGACGCAGAGCUGGAUCGGGACUUGGACUGGGGCUUCGGGGAGGGCGGGGCAGGGUCUCACUUCGACUUCUCCGACUACUGCACCCCGGAGGUCAGCGAGAUGAUCUCAGGUGAGUGGCUGGAGUCCACUAUCUCCAACCUGGUGUUCACCUACUGACUCAGACACAGCCGGAGCGGGGCGCCUUUACGCAGCCCCCACUCCCACGUUUGAACUCACCUAACCCCUCCAGGACAGGCGGACCAGAAGAGUUUCUUUCGCCAAAUAAAGGAGAGUGGAGGGGGGAGAGAAACAGAAAAGAAUAGGUGGCCUGAGCGAGCGCCGCUCAAAGACUUGGACAGCGCUCCGUGCGCGUGACGGGAGGAAAUGCUUAGUUUGCAUUUGGACACAGGAGGAGGAAGAGGAGGAGGAGGAGUGAAUGUAAGCAACGAGACUGGAGCGCUGAUGUUGAACCUCAAUCCGCACAGGAUGAGGUCAAGACUGAACUUUGAUUUGGGUCGUGGGAGGGGAGGUGAGGGAAACUUUCUGGAGAGCGCGCCAUGUUUGGUUCUGUUUAGCCAACUCACACUGACCAUCAAAGUUGUUAUUCAGGUGUAAUGUUUCCCUCCAAGCUAAAAAAAAAAA